GUUCUCGUAUCUGCUUACGCUGACACCACGCCAUCAUGGAUCCUCCAUCCUUAAGCACUUGGGAUCUCUCCCCUCCGACACACAAAGAUGAUUACGACGAGACGAAUCCCCGUAAACGGCGGCGCAAGUACAUCGCCAAAGCUUGCAACGAAUGCAAACGCCGAAAGAUCAAGUGCAAUGGCGAGGCCCCGUGCCAGCGAUGCGGUCGACAACGCGUCGACUGUAUCUACGAUAACCCCCCGCGUCAGAUUAAUGGGGAUACAGACCAACAGGCCUAUCUCGAGCAGCUCUGCAGCCAGAUGAGCGCUAUGCAGGAGCAGAUCACGACCCUCUCAGCGGCUGUGACCACCCUGGCGCAGAGCAGCAUCACGGCAAACGCCGCCAUUGCGCGGUCCGACGUAGUCAACCAACGGCCGUUCCGUCGCCGGUCAACGGUCAGAGAAACCGCGUUCCAAGGCCCGACGACAUCUGCGUUCAGUCUGCAUCUCGCCAAAUCGAAUCUCCAACGCCAGGGAAUCGUCGAGCAGAACGAUGGCGCGGAUGAAGCUGAUGCAAACCACCCGCCCUCACCGCUGCCGUUGGGUUCGCCCGGGCAGGCGGCGUUGGAUGCUCGUCUGGCUGGGGAUCCGCUGUGGACGCUCGAUAAAGUGGAGGCGACUCGGCUGUGCAGAGUGUAUGAGGAGGAGAUGGGCAUCAUGUAUCCCGUCUUGGAUCUGCAGGAGUUGCUGGAUCAGGUUGAGGUGGUGUAUGGGUCGGCGGAGGGUGGGUCCCGACCUUCGGGCUUCCAGCCUGUGCAUACGGAUGAUGUGCAGAUACUGCGGUUGGUCUUUGCGUGUGCGUUGACGGCUGAGGCGGCUGGGAGCAGCGAGCUGGCGAUGCGGCUCUUUGAGAGUGUGCGCGAGGUGGCUGAUAAUUGCGUGUGGGGACCGCCUGAUAUCAAGAGUAUCAUUUUGUUAACGCUUGUCGCUAUGUUUUACUUCCAGAUCGACGAGGAGAUUCUGGCCUGGCGCAUUGGCGGUAUCGUCGAGCGCAUGUGCCUUGAAAGGGGUCUUCACCGAAGGGAAACGCUCGCCCAGCCUGCGAUUGUUGCAGCUGGUCGGGACCGCGUCCUCCGCCUGUUCUGGUCCAUCUAUAUUCUCGACAUUCGCUGGAGUUUCGGGACAGGUAUGCCUUUUUCUCUCGAAGAUAGCGACAUCGACCCCUGGCUACCGGAGCCGGAGGAGAAAACUCCAUAUCUGCGUGUUAUGAUUCGGUAUAGUCGCAUCGCCGCUAAGGUGUGGAAGUUCAUUUCUGCUUUUAACAAUACCAACGAGAUCAAGAAGGAAGAGAUGAACUAUCUAGACUGGCAGGUCCAGCAGUGGGUGGCGAACAUUCCAGAUGUGUUACGUCUCGAACAGCAGCAGACCUCGCCCACCUCGAAGACAGAGCUAAAGCCACCACGCAGUCUUCAUCGCCUGCGGGCUCUCCUUUACCUCCGCUCGAAUCAACUUCGCAUGCUCAUCCACCGACCUGUUCUUCAUUCUGCUGCGCAUAUUGUGCGCUACCCCGCCGAGUCGCAGAUGGUAGUUGACCUCGCGAAAGAAACGAUCCAAUUCAUCACGCAGCUCAAUGAGACGACGGAUAUCUACCGUCUCCAGCAGGUGACAUUCAAUUGGUUUCUUGUCUCGGCUGUUGCGGUGCUGUUCCUUGCUGUCACGCAGGCUCCGUCGCAGUUCAGCGGGCCCUGUCGCGAGGAGUUCUACUUGGCUCUGGAAUUGAUCAAGGGCUUCUCGACAAAGUCAUAUAUUUCACUACGGCUGUGGAAGUCGAUCCGGAGUUUGAGGAAGUUAGGUCCGCAGGUCAUGCGUCAGCAUCCGAAAGCGGGAGAGGCUGGGGUGGAAGGCGAGAAAGCAGCAUUCGGUCCGACACAGCUGGAAGCCGAGCAAGCCAGCAGGGGAGGGCAGCCAUCAGUGCAGUCGGCUGGCAGUAUGCAGAGCCUCACGCCGGUGGAUGGAGAGCAGAUGACGAGGGAGUUGAUGGAGUGGUUCGAGGCAGUUGGAAGUCUGGAAACUCAGAUAAUGGGCAUGGGAGCACUGCCACCGCAACAGGAGCUUGAUGGUUGGGGCAGAGGGGGACAGUAUAUAGUUGAUUACGGAGGCGAGUUGUCAAGUGUGAUGAAGGACUGCUUUUGAGCAUUGGUAUUUCCGCUACCCACAGAACAGACCAUAUUUACACGAUGACAGUAAAGCACAGAAC